AUGAAGAUAAUGGCUAUUAUUACCAAAUGUUUGCUGGGAAAAUUAGAUCAUUUUUCUAACUCCCCCCCCCAUCCUUGAUCGAACGAUUGACUGUAAAAAAUUCCUAAAAAUUGGGGAAAUUAACCCCCAUCCUUGAUCGAACGAUUUCAUAUCAUGCAAAUUUUUAUAUAUAUAAAAAUAUAUUAGUUAUCAGAUGUGCCUAAUGAAGUUGUUUUCAGAUACUUUGAGACGACAGAAAGCUUCGGAAUUAACCAUCCGAAGUGAUUUAGUCAUCAACCUAGGCUUAAAAACUCAAUAAUCUAAUAAAAUAGAGACUUUAAAAUUUUAAAAAAAAACAAAUUAAAUUUUAAUUUAAUAAGGAACAAAUUAAAAUUUAUACAGUUUAAAGGGGUAACUAAUAAAUAAAAAUGUUAAAAAUUGGUAUUUUUAUGAAAUUAAUUCAAUUUUUUGCUGUAAAAAUAAUUAUUAAAUACUUUUAACACUCUUAUUUAAAAGUAAAUAAAAAACAAUAUAUAUAUAUUUUUUAUUUUAUAUAUAAAAUUUUUUUCCCAAAAAAAAUUUUUUUUAAACCCCAUCCUUGAUCGAACGACGGCGAGUCGUUCGAUCAAGGAUGGGGAGGGGGAGUAAACUUCUCCAGUAUAUAUGAAAAAUUUGGAAAUGACCCUGCAGAGGAAUAUAUCGCAAUGCAAUUUCAUAUAUAAUCAAAGAAGCAUACUUGGAAUACUAUCCACAGUAUUUGGAAUCCUUGAACAAAAUUAUCAAAGAAUAUAUUUCAAUAAAUCCAGAUCUAGUGAUAAAUUUUAAAGAUAAAGGCAUAUCAGAACUAGAAAAGAUUAUCGACACAUAUAAACUAUUUUUGCCAUCGCACAUUAAGUUGUUUAGAUAUUACAAAGAUGAUAGUUCAUCAAUAAUCCAAUCAAAUGCUGUGCCUAAUCUAGUUAGAUUUGCUCAUAAAUUUUACAAACAGCAGGCAAUUAUUAUUAUUAUUGUGGAUGAUUAUGAUACCCCACUUAUUCAAGUAAUAAAUACUCCUUAUCAAAAGGCUGUUUUAAGAAUAAUAGGUAUGUUUAUGGAGCCAAUAUGCAUAGAUGCCCUUGGUUGCAUUUUUAAAGUGAUAAUGAUAGGGAAGAUACCUAUUAUAGGGAAAGGACUUCCAUGACUAAGAAAUGUUAAUAUAUAUACUGUUCUAGAUAUAGAAUACUCCCGAUUUUUUGGCCUCACAGAAUCAGAUGGAAGCGUGAGAAUUUCAUAA